UGAUUGUCAAUCCUCCCCAAGAUGAAGAGGAAAGUGACAAGAGUUGGGAAAUUAAGGUUUAGUCCUAACGAAGAAACUAUGCUUUUAAAAGAAGAGUAUGAAAGAAGAAGAAAACUGAGGCUACAGCAGGUUAGGGAGCAAGAGAAGUAUAUUGCCUUGCGGAUAAGACAGGAGGUAAAGCAGAGGAGAGAAGAACAACUACAUCAGUUAGAAAAGGCAUUGAGAGCUGAGUGGCAGAAAGCACAAGAUGAGAAGAUUAAGGCCUUAGAAAAACUGUAUUUAUCGAGCUUAAGAGCUGUUGGUGAGGGACACAGACAAGCCAAGGAAAAUGAACCUGAUUUAGAAGCUCUGGCAAAGCAAGCAGAGGAAAGGAAACAAAGAGCUGAGAAGAGACAUAGAAAAGCCCUGAAAGAACAGAAGUACCAAAAAGAAAAAUUACUUCGUGAGCAAGCCCGACGAGUCAAUGCACGUAAACAUGCUCUGGAUGUGGAAAGAGAAAGAGCUGCCAAAGUUGCAAGCCUACCACCUCCUCCACCACAUCCUCUUGAGAAUUUUGAAGUGCAAAAGAUUCCCACAGUGAAGGUCUGUAGUGCUGACGACUUCUAUGUUACUCAUUAUCAUCUUUCAGAACCUUAUGUGAACAGAGAAAUGGACAGAGAGCAGGCAGACGCUCGGUUAGUUGCUGAAAAGGAAGUGAAGCGCUUGGAGGAACUGCAGAGAGAGAAGGAGAGAGAUAGAAGAGAGCAGCUUGAAAAGUCACAUCUUAGAGGAAGUCAUGCCUUGAAGAAGGUCCAUUUGGCUCAGGACAGGGAAAGGCUACUGAAAGAACUCGAACAAAUGCAGAAUAUGGAUCGGAUGCACAGAAAACGGGUUGUAGCACAGAUGCCACCUCAGCUGUUUGUACCUGCAUACAAACGAAUGGAAAUAAAAGAUGACUGGCAGAGGGAAUUGGAGUUUGCAUUUGAAGACAUGUAUAAUGAAGACAGGAAAAUGAAAGGAGACCUGAUCUUGCAAUUUGAGCCACAACCUUUACCAGACCCUUCUGACAGAUCUCAAGACAAUGAACUUGAUAUCACUUUGGACCCAGAAUCUACUUGUGACACUGGACAAGAAUUGAGAGAGGUGGUAGAAGAGGAAGUUCCUAAUGAAUCAGAAAAUCAUGAAGAGAGAAAAAUUCACCAACCUCAGUCAAAACAUGCCUUAAAGAAGUUGUUGAACAAAAUUAGAAGCCAAAAAGAGGAGCAGACAUCAAAAAGUGAGAGAGAGUGUCGAAGUGAAAUUGAGACUAUUGAAUCAGGCACAAUUGCUAGUGAAGAGAGACGAUUAUGUGAUUUGGAACGUACUGAUGAACAACAUAAAAAUUCAGUAUCUGAAACCAAAGACUCCAUGGAAAUGUUGGAAGAUAAAGUUUUAGCUGAAAAUUCUGUUCUAAUUCAUCCUCGGGAACAAGCAGCUAAAAUUAGAAUGGAAGAGGAAAGACAAAAAUGGAAUAAGCAAAUAGAGCAACAGAAAUUGGAACAGCUGGCCUUGCUUAAACAAAUUGAGGAGAACAGAGCACGUCUGGAAGCUGAUUUUCUGAAGAUUCAAAUGCAACACUGUUUGGAAGAGGUUAAUAAAAAAGAAAAAGAGGAGAAAGAUCAGCUGGUCCAAAGCAGCAACAGUCCUUUCACAGACCAGCAGAAAGAAGGGGAACAUGAGACUGAAACUACUACUGUGUCAAAAACUGGAAGUCCUAGAGAAGCCAGUCAUUUGCAGAUGAUUCGUAGUUAUCAGCAACGUCUUCUACAGCAAAGCAGGCUGCACAAACGGACUGUUGAAGAGGCUAGAAAGUGUCUGCAGGAGUAUCAGAAUAAAUUGAAGCAAAGAUAUUCAAGUACUCCUGUCACACCUAUAAGUUCUGUGGAAACAAAAUCAGUUAAUUUAAAGUCUACCUCAGAACCUGUGCUACAGAAGCAAGGAGUACAUCCAAUACAAUGCCAGUUGUCUGAACAAGUUAGUACACAAGAACAUAGCCAGUCACUACCUGUUUUUUCAGGAACACCACAUGUGUCGGAAGAAACAUCUGCACAGAAAUAUGAAGAGCAAAUACAUGAUGUUUGUCCUGGAAGACAUGUGCAAUUUUUAGAAACAUCAAAAUUGAAUCAAGGAGUGUUUCACUUGCCAUAUAGCUCUCCUUCACAGGAACAAAUGGGAAUGUUGGAAACCUCCAAUACUCGAGUCAGAGAUUCACCUCAGUUUCAGAUACCAUCAGGAUUAGGCAUGGCUUUGCAAGAUGUCCCCCCUGUCAGAAUGCAACCAGAAGCCCGCGUACAACAGGUUAGAUUUGUUUUGCCUGCAGAAAAUUCCUCUGAGCCUUCAGGAACAGUUGAGUGUGAUGGGGAGUCGUUAUCUCGGAAGAUGUCAAACCAUCAAACAGAGACAGAUGCUGUGGAAGAGCCUCCACAAAAAAUACCUCUUUUGCCAGGAACAAAUAGAUCUUGGGUAGCUCAGGCAGCCUCAAGUGAUUCUUCGGAGUACCAGCAGGGAUCUGCAGAGAGCAACCUUAAAACAAGCUUUGAACAACCCCUGUCUCUUCUCCAGCCUCUGACUUUAUCUCAUGAAGAACUUAAAGCUCACAAUGUUCAGGAGUUCUUGACAUCAAAAAGUGGAGAUGCAUCUUUAUUAAAUUAUUCUACUAUACUGAAUUUAAGGAACAGGGUGUUGGCCUCAUCAGAGAGCAUCCAAGCUCAGCAGAAGUAUUUGAAAGAACUUCAAGAGCAACUAGAUGCACAAAGAGAAGCUCUUCUUUCUAGACAAAAAAUACAAGAACAACUACUUCUAAGGAAGCAGGAUAAAUUGAAAGAACAAAUGCAGAGACAGCAAGAGGCUUUAAAAGAAUUUCUGAACAAGCAGGUAAGAGAGUUCAGUACAAAUGAAGAAAUGACACAGGCAAAAAAGCCCAACUGUCUGACUAACUUUUUGCAAGACUCGGAAAACUACCAGCAAAUGAAUUGUGAUACAAGUGCCUUUCAGGAAGAUGAAAUGAUUUCACAGUGCGUCAGUCCAGCUGGGCACACUGAGCAGCCUAAGAAGCUUGAAUGUAAAGAACAGAAAAGGAGAUCUUCCAAACCACCUCUGGCAAAAGUCAAGUUAGGGCUUGAUUUGGAACAGCAUGAGCUUAGUGUUAUACCAGAAGUAGACACACCAAGAAGCUGCAACAUUUCCUUUGCAGAUGUUUUAAACUCAGAUAAAACAGAUUCUGCUGGUGGAGAAUCUUCUCCCAUUUCAACUGCUGGGGAGUUUGCAUGUGUUAACUCUUACAGUCGUGCUCUUCAUGAAGAUGGCAGAUUAUCUGGGAGCAUAACGAAUUAUGAAGAACAAAUCUGUAGUGGAAGUCUAAGGGAAAGUGAACAGUCAAGUAGGCUAUUAAAGAUGCUGAUGACUGAAAAGUCAUACGAUUCAGCCUGGUCCCAGGAUUCUCAUGCGGCUCAAAAUUUGCCAGUUCUUGUUCCUGAAACUGGAAAUGGAGUUGUAACACAUACUGGACCAUCAUUCAGACUCUAUAAUACGGAAAUACUUUCUAAAGUAGUAUCCACAAACUCGGGUUCAGAAGCUUUCAUGGAAGGGGCACCUUGUGAUUUGUCUUCAACAAUUUCCACUGGAAGCUUUUUGACUAGUGAAACAUUGGAUACAAGCCCUAUUGACACUGGAUUGUCUUCUGGCAGCACAGAAGUUCGAAUUUUCAGAGAAAUGGCAAGCCACCCUUGGAACUCCUUAGUGCCUGUUAACAUGCAGCAGAGGCAAGAGGAUCUUUCUGGAGCAUCUGGAGAUUUAAAUAUUUCAUCUCAAGACAAUACUCCUUUCCAAGGCAAUUACCAUUUUAUUCCAGCACCUGAAUUUGAUUUUCCUGAAAUGGAAAGACAUUUUCCUAAUUUUCAUCGCCAGCACUUUCAGCCUUUGGAACCAUGUCUUGACUUGGAUAGUUCAUCAUCCCUUUCUCAGUACAAGAUUUCACAAGACAGCAGAGAAUUUAUCAAGACUUCAAGAUUUUCAACAAAAUGUGAAGACAUGACUGUGUUUCUAGAAGCCAGAAACUCCAGUUUGAAUAUACAAAGAAAUAGUUCACCUUUUCAUCUCGAAACAAACAACUCAAACAACAUUACGUCAGAACAAGAGUCAGCGAAAGAAAAUGUUACCCUGGGAUCUGAAGAAUCUUUCCAUCCACUUUUAGAAUUAGAAUCUACUGUGAGCAAUCAUUGUCAGAAUGCUGAUCAGCCAGCAGACCUUAAUGUUAUAUUAGAGAGGUCUUUUAAACAAUAUACUGGGAUUAAAAAUUGGACUGAGAGUGAUGUUUCAUCUGCCACACAAUAUGAAGAACUGGCAAGAAAUAUAGAAUCUAUUAAUCUCCAGUCUUCAAUGGAAGAUCUGCGAAAUGAAAGUCCAAAUUCACUGGAAGAGCAAAGAUCGUUUUAUCAACUAAAUACCACACCAGUUACAAUGGAUAAAACUCUGCCCGAAUACUUACUGAAAGAGGGUGCAACAAUCAAAACAGAGACUGUAUGUUCGGAAAAAUUAUCGAGUGAGGUGUUUGAUAAGGAAUAUGUGAAGCUUACUGAAAAAUCAUUUCAUGGAAAUGAAGGAAACAAAAUGGAAGUGGGUUCUCAGUGGAACACAAAUGCAAAGAUGACAGAUCAAGGCUUUCCAGAAAUACAGAAAUCUUCCAGGUGUCCUGUUGAAACCAACUUGGAAAUCUCAGACAUCCGUUUACAGGCUGUUGUACAACAAAAUGCAUCUUUUCUGGAAAGAUAUAAAAAACAUUCUAAUUCUGGGCUUGGAGGCUCUUGGCGUAUUCCAAUCUGUGAGACUGAGUUGGGGCAUGGUAUUAUGGAAGAACCUGAACUCACUCUAAUAAGCUCCAAUGACAUCAGUAUUGCAGAAUCAGAUGUUGAACAUUCUAGCCAAGAGAAAACUAAAGAUGAUAAAACCAGUAACCCAGCAUGUAUGAAUCAGUCUGAAUUUAAUUUUUUUACUGAGCAGGAGAGGGAAUCUUCACCAUUAGCUCCAGAUGCAGAUUAUUCAGUUUUCAGAAAGCCUGAAAGUUCUUUCAAUGCCCAGAGUCCUAAGGAAGUCAUGUUUCUAGAGUUUGCUUCUGCACCAGAAAGCUUGCAAGAAUCCUUUUUAAAACGAAAGAAAAACUUCAUCCAAAAAUCUCUGAGGAGAGUAGAAGAAAUUAAAAAUAAAGAGAGAAAAAACAAAAGGCCAGAAGCUGGACAGUUUCAGAGACGAAAGGCUGAGAUGUUAAGCAGGCAAAAGGAAUCCCCUCUCGCCUCUGAAAAAAAAGGGGCAGCUACCAAUCAGUUGAAGAAGGUAGAAGAAGUGAAAGUGUCUUCUCCAGAAGACAGGAAGUCUGCAGAAAUUGAAAUGCACCAGCGUACUUCCAGACUUUAUAAUCAACUUGCAGAAGUGAAAAUCAGACAGGAGGAAAAAACAAGGCAAGAAACCUAUGCUAAAAACAGAGAAAAAGCUAAAGAAUUUCAAAAGAGAACACUAGAAAAACUACGAGCCAGGAGGAAACCUCUGAAGACACCGUGACUGUCAGAACACCUUCAUAAGAAGAAAAAUUUAUUGGUACAGUCCAAAGAAUGUACUGAAAUGAAAUUUGCACUAAAAGCAGUGUAAUUAUGAAACAGGUGGAAAUAAGCUGUAUGACAAGAGUAAACAAUCACUGUAGUAGCAAAGAUCUUUUAUUGACAAAUCACUACACAAGCUGAUAGAACUACUGCUUUAAGCACUGCUGGCUUCAGAUCAGGUUGACAGACAUAAUAAAGCCUUUUCUGAGGUUAGUGUUUUAAAGGAAGUUCACAUUCUUGUAAUAUAUGUGUUAAAACUUACUCAAAUAAAACUUAUUGCAAUAA